AUGCACGAUGACGGGUUAUAUAAAUUCCUGAGAAAGCCCAAGUCGUCGAUCGUUGUCGCCCAGGCAACCGCAACAGCUUCAGAUCCCACCUCUCUUGCACUGAUCAUGCCCUCUUCAAGGCCCGAGUAUCCACUGACCUUCUCAGACCUGAAGGAUAGGAGAGGGAAAUGUGGUUACCAAAAAGACAACGGUCUAGUUUGUACACUGUUGGUCAACGAAGGCGACGGCAAGGAAAGUGACAGACUGAUCCAGGACAUCGAAUGUGGUUGUUUCCAAGAUGGAGAACUUGAUGAUGCCCUAUUGAGAACGUUCGACUUGAAAUGUUGCAAAAGAUGGCACAGAGAGGACAAACAAGAUACUGGCUUGAAAGAGCAAAUUUGCCGCCAGUCGAAAGACCAGUUCCUUGCGAGAGACUGCGGCGCCACCAACAGCGUGCCUGAGUCUGAAGUAUCCCCCCAAACUUCCUCCACCGUCCCAGUGCCCACAACAGGCAACUCAGAGGGACCCGUUACUCGGGCCCGAGCAAGCGGAAAGGGCAGCGGUCGCAGAACUUCGGCACAGAGCCACACUCCAGAGGAUGUUAUCACCCGGGAAGGAUCCGAAUUCGUCCGAUACAAGCGGGAACUAACAAUGUGUGAAUUGUUGACAUCUCCGCUGUUGCCAAAAUAUUUGGAGUCUGGAAUCUUGUACUAUUAUACAGCAUCAGGUCUCCGCAAAAUCGGUGCUACGGGGUGUCAAGUUUCGAGCAGAAUGAAGGAGAAGGAGAGAAAAUGCGGCAAAUCCACGAAACCAGGAUAUCAGACUGAGACCGUUCCCAACGUCUUUCAUCUCGAACGCCUUUCACACCUCGAACUCGAGAUCAGAGGCUGCAGAUUAAGGGAAAUCUCCUGCAAAUGCGGCGUAAAGCACCGGGAAUGGUUCGAUGUUGGCGAGCGUGAGGCGGAAAGGGUCCUUCGCGCAUGGGCGGAAUGGGCACGACGCGCUCGACCCUACGAUGCCGCCGGCUGCUUGUCAUCAAAAUGGGCUAGAAUCAUAUUUCAGAUGAAGCAAGCAGGCAUUCCAAUCACCGGUCAGGCGCUUGUCAACCAGAUUCCUCCUGUCGAAGAGGUACGAGAACGUCGCAUCGAGAACGCUCCCGAGACUGCUGAAGGCGUUGGAGAUGAUCGGACGGUCCUUAAGUCCCGGGCUGAAGGCGCGGCACCAAAGGCCGCCAAACCUUCGACCGCUGAUGAUUCUUUCACGCUGGUGGAAACCGAAGAAGCACCUGAGGCCGAAAGAGCAAGCAGCAAAGCAGCCGAGUCUGCAACCGUUGCCGGACCGGAACCAGCGACAACUUCCCAGACUGCCGGCGUGCCCACGGCGGUCGCUCUCACCGAAGACACAUGGUACCGGGUCAGCUUAGACCUGCACAAGCGUCUCGCAUUACAACAACAGAGGCUCGACAAGCUUUCUGAGUUACUGCAACAAGUGCUUGCUGCGUCACAGGAGCUGAUUCUUGAGGCCCCAGCUUCGACUAGCGCUCCUCUAACACACGUCUCUGUCUCCCGUGUUGGAACUAUUACUGCGUGA